UCGGUUAGCAGCGCAACGCUCGCCAGUCGACUCAACUUUUACUUCUCGCGCUACCGCCAGAUUUCCUUCGUUUUUCCUCUUUCUUCCAUGUUUCCUUUUCCUUAACGACGAAACUCUGAUGAAAGUUUGAAAAGCUGCGAGGAGAUGCCGGACCGUUAGACGGAAUCUACCCUCGAUUUUGGACCAAGCGCAGUGACGGUAGACGCACGUCUGGGAUUAAGUUGGAAAAAAAUGCUAUUUUGCUGGAGAAAUGGAUGAGGCGCUGUCAGUGGUGAGUGAAGACCAGUCCCUGUUUGAGCCUCCUUACGCUGCUGCUGCUCCCCUACCCAAGACAGACAUGACUGCAUCCAGUGCACAGGACUACGGACAGCCACACAAAAUCAACCCUUUGCCCCCUCAACAGGAGUGGAUCAACCAGCCGGCCAGGGUCAACGUCAAGCGCGAAUAUGACCACAUUAACGGCUCCAGGGAGUCCCCGGUGGACUGCAGCGUGGGCAAAUGCAAUAAGAUGGCGGGAGGCUCAGACGUUACUCAGAUGGGCUAUGGGAAUUACAUGGACGAGAAGAACGCGCCCCCACCGAAUAUGACCACCAAUGAGAGAAGAGUUAUAGUCCCAGCAGAUCCAUCACUGUGGUCCCCGGAUCAUGUGCGGCAGUGGCUGGAAUGGGCCAUCAAGGAGUACGGGCUGGUGGAGAUAGACACAGCCAUGUUUCAGACUACGGACGGCAAGGAGCUGUGCAAGAUGAGCAAGGAGGACUUCCUGCGGCUCACCACAGCCUACAACGCAGAUGUCCUGCUCUCACAUCUCAAUUACCUCAGGGACAGUAGCUCAUCUUUAUCCUACAAUACACCAUCUCACACAGAUCAGUCUCCAAGACUCGCAGCCAAAGAAGACCCAUCUUAUGAUGCUGUUCGGCGAUCAGGCUGGUCGAACAACAUGCACAGCGGCAAAGGCUCUCCGGCCGUGGUCACACAGAAUGUGUCCAAGACCACGGAGCAACCGCGGCCUCAGCCUGAUCCAUACCAGAUCCUAGGACCAACAAGUAGUCGAUUAGCCAACCCAGGCUCUGGACAGAUCCAGCUGUGGCAGUUCCUUCUCGAGCUGCUGUCGGACAGCGCCAACGCCGGCUGCAUCACCUGGGAGGGCACCAACGGCGAGUUCAAGAUGACGGACCCGGACGAGGUGGCGCGGCGCUGGGGCGAGCGCAAGAGCAAGCCCAACAUGAACUACGACAAGCUGAGCCGCGCCCUGCGCUACUACUACGACAAGAACAUCAUGACCAAGGUGCACGGCAAGCGCUACGCCUACAAGUUCGACUUCCACGGCAUCGCCCAGGCGCUGCAGCCGCACCCCACCGAGUCCACCAUGUACAAGUACCCGUCCGACCUGGCCUACGUGCCGUCCUACCACAGCCACCAGCAGAAGGUCAACUUUGUGUCUCCCCACCCGCCGUCCAUGCCCGUCACCACCUCCAACUUCUUCGGACCCACUGCCUCCUACUGGAGCUCCCCAGCCGGGGGCAUCUACCCCAGCCCCAGCGUCCCGCGCCACCCCAACUCCCAUGUGCCCUCACACCUGGGGAGCUACUACUAAGGCCUUCUUCUCUCUCUUUCACCCACUCAAGCCUAAACAGGAGUGUCCUGCCUGCACUUGCAAAAAGGAAACCAAAAUGAAGGGGAAAAAAGGAGAAUCAAGAAUGAGGAUUUUCCCUUGUUCUCUUUAAGCUUUUCAAUCUGAACUUGCCAAAACAAUGGAAGGAUAUUAAUUAACUAAAAAAAAAAGAAAAAAGAAACUGGAUUUGCCAAUCCACUUAGAAUGGAGUACUACUUAUUCACAAGACAAAGGACUGUUUCAUUCUUCUGUUGAUUUUGUUUUAUAUUGGCGUGUGUAUGUGUUUGUGUGUAUGUAUGUAUGUAUGUAUGUACAUGUCUGUGUCUGUGUCUGUGUGUGUGUGUGUGUGUGUGUGUGUGUGUGUGUGUGUGUGUGUUUCUAUAUAUGUUUUGGGCUCUCCUUUCCCCACAAAAGCUGUACCACAGGGCUAACCUGAACGCCCCCUCCCCAAAGAAACACACGGACGCUAGAGACCUUAGAAGGACCCGAGAAGAACACUAUGAUCACCAUCGAGGGUGAUGCCAUGGACACAGGGGCCGUGGGUCUCAAUCUCUUCCCAAAGUUACCCAGAGGUGCCUGUCUCAAAAUGACCCCCCAUCUGGACCUGUGUUGUCUGACUCCCCUUUGCGCCUGUCUGCGUCUUUCGUGUUCGUCCCGUCGAAAAAAAUCCCAUCGAUCUGCAGGGAACUGACUGCCUUACAGAAGGGAAUGUCUCAAUGCUGACCGAAAUCUGGCAACUGGAAGUAGUGAUCACACUUCUCUUGUCCUCCUAACUGGAACGAAGAAAGUUGGUAACCGCAGUCUGAAGUGCCUAACAGAACGUACUCAGAUGGUUCUGUGGCCUAUUGGCAUUUACCAGAGAGACUGUCUCUCUUGCCCCCAGCCAAAGCACAUAUGAAAUAAGUAAGCUUUAUGAGAGUGUACCAGAAUCGAUGUGAAAGCUCUGUGGUUCCAAAUUUGACACUCCUCUUUUAUUUUUGCUUUAAUGGAGUUUCAUCUCGCAGUGGUUUUGUCUUUACUCCUUUGGGCAGAUAUCUGUGUGCGUUGAGUUUCUAGCUUGUGAAUAUCCUAGGUCUUCCUCUUAACUGAUCUCAGAAAAAAAGUGACUUCACAGAAACUGCCUGCAGUCGUUAAUGUAAAACUGAAUAUACAUUCCUUCAUGCUCCAACACAAUGCAUUAAUGCAAGAAAUGAAGAUAACUGCACAGCUGAAUGUUGACAUUGUGCUAAGUACCUCUUAGGAAAAAAGAAGAGAUAAAUUUUAAAUAAGUGAACAAAAACACAGUUUAAGGACACAAAAGGUUGAAACCGGAGAAAUCCUCAGAUUCGCGAACGCUGUGCGUUUGUCAGACCUAUUUGCUAUUAUUUUUUAAUCAACGGUCAACUAGGCAUUAAAAGCAUCUUACUGUAUAAAUUAUGCAGAUUUAUUUUCAUAUGUGACAGUAUUGAAAGACCAAUAAGAUUAAUACGAGUUGACCUCGGUCAAAUGCAGACUUUUUUAAAGCCGUUAAUGAAGGUAGUUUGUACAACAGUAAAGUGUUUUGUAUCUGUACAUUUGGGCAAUAACUUUAUGAAUGUUUCGUUUUGUACUCUGAAUACAUUUUCUUAUGGCCUCGCUGUCUUGCCAUGGCAAUGAGUUAUUUUUUAACAAAAGGUGAUUUUUUUAAAAUGACUUUUUGACAUAUAAACCCACAGCCACCUGUUUAAAAGUUGAAUGCUAUGGAUCAGUUCUGAGAUACACCAAGGUUGUUGUGUUUUUCUGCUGUUAGCAAAAAAAAAAAGAUCACCUUACUUAAAAUCGUUCAAGCAAAACCAAAUAUGACUUUGGCAGCUUUUGCAUGAGCCUCAGCAUUGGCUGAAAGUUAUAUGCAAAGUUGAACAUUAUACUGAACAGUUGAUCAUUAUACUGAAUUCAAGUUUAAGACUCAGUCAUUAUUCAGAGUUCAAGUUUGAAAGUUCAAGCUUGAUUCAAAUGAAACCUGUAAGUGUAGCAUAAACAUUCCGAGCAGUAAUCUACAAGCUCUCUUCCUCACCUCUAAGAAGCAUUACAAUCAGAUUAGGGGAAAUGUGCUACUUUAUAUAUGCAAUGUAUUUUGGAUAUUGAAUAUAUGAAUCUAUAUAUAAUUUUGCAAUUAAUCAUUUUGUUAUUAUUGUCAUUCCUGCAAUGUAUUAAGUAUUAUGUUUUGUAAAAGGGUUGUAUAGGAAAAUGUGACAAAAUAAAUGUUUUUACUUCAAAA